AUUAAACAAUUGUUUUGGUUCUUGGUACUGAUAUUUGAUACUUAUCAGUAAUCUGGAAUCUAGUCGUUUUUUAUUAAGUUUAUGGAGAAGAAGCUGCUUCUUAUUAUAUAAAUAGGUUGGAAAUGCUAUAAAAUAACAAGCUAAGCGGUCAUUCUUAUUAGAGACUCAUAGUAUUAAACAAUUGUUUUGGUUCUUGGUACUGAUAUUUGAUACUUAUCAGUAAUCUGGAAUCUAGUCGUUUUUUAUUAAGUUUAUGGAGAAGAAGCUGCUUCUUAUUACAGUGUCGAUCAUCACGAAUCUUGUAUUUACUAUUCAUAUUCUUUAUAGAAACUCAACCACAUGGAAUCCGACUUGGACCAGUAGAGCUGCUAUUGAAGCAGAGGAUGCAGCCUCUGUGUCAUGCUCAGGCCAUGGAAGAGCUUACGUGGACGGUAUUGGAGUCCUUGGCGGCAAGCAACCUUCUUGUGAAUGCAACAAUUGCUAUACAGGCAAAGAUUGUUCUAUUCUUCUCUCAGAUUGUCCUGUCAACGCUAACUCAGGAGACCCUUUGUUCUUAGAGCCUUUCUGGAUGCGACAAGCAGAGAGCAGCGCGGCUCUGGUCUCGGGAUGGCACAGGAUGAGUUAUAUCUAUCAAGAUGGGACAUAUAUGUCGGAAGCGCUUGAGACGGUCAUCAGGAAACUGCAUAGUGUGGUGGGAAACGCUGUUACAGAUAACAGGUUUGUAAUAUUUGGAAGUGGAAGCACACAAUUGCUUGCAGCAGCUGUUCAUGCCUUGUCUUUGACAAACUCAUCAUCAUCAGGACCCGCAAGGCUUUUGGCUUCAGUUCCAUAUUACGCUAUGUACAAGGAGCAAGCGGAGUUCUUUGACUCAGUACAUCUCAAGUUUGAAGGAGAUGCGUUUGCGUGGAAGAAUAGCGAGCGCAAUGAUAAUACCACACAAGUUAUAGAGGUAGUGACAUCUCCGAAUAAUCCAGAUGGGAAGCUGAAAAGAGCGGUUCUUGAUGGUCCUAAUGUCAAAACAAUUCAUGAUUACGCCUAUUACUGGCCUUAUUUCUCCCCUAUAACUGUUCCAGCUGAUGAAGAUUUGAGCUUGUUUAGUCUCUCCAAGACUACAGGUCAUGCUGGCUCUAGAUUCGGGUGGGGUUUGGUAAAAGACAAAACUGUUUAUGAAAAUAUGAAAAGAUAUAUCACUUUGAGUAGCAUGGGAGUUUCUAGGACAACACAGCUUCAUGUUCUUCAACUGCUCAACGUAGUAGUUAGGGAUGGAGGCGAUAAUAUAUUCCAUUUUGGUCAUGAAACUUUGAAGAAAAGAUGGGAGACAGUGAACAAGGUCUUGUCACUCUCUACACGUUUCUCGCUCCAGAAAAUCAAACCUGAGUACUGCAACUAUUUCAAGAAAGUCAGAGACUUUACUCCUUCUUAUGCAUGGGUGAAGUGUGAAAGGCCAGGAGACGCAAACUGCUAUGAGAUAUUCAGAGAGGCCAAGAUAACAGGACGUGAUGGCAAAGUGUUUGGAUCAGAGGAAAGUUUUGUGAGAUUGAGUCUAAUCAGAUCACAAGAUGACUUUGAUCAUCUUAUUGAUAUGUUGAAGAAGUUAGUCUUACAAGAAGGUGUAGAAGCUCAUUCUAUCUGAAAACUUGAUGUUAUCAACAAAUGUCUUUAAUUCAAUAUUAUGUAGUAACGUAUUUGUGCGACUAUAAUUAAGCCUACAAUGCCCGUUGUAUGAAACCUUUGUAAAUAUUGCGAAAAUCAGUCCCAACGAUAAACUGAUACUAUCAUACUAGUAAA